AUGGAUACCUUGCAGCAAGUCGUUGAAGGGUUUGUAAACGAAUUCGAACAAAUCAAGGGGACUGUUACCAAUAUUGUGUACAAGGUAGUAGGGGAUGUUCUAAGCGAAAUCUUAAGGAUAAAGCAAGAAAUAUCAAACGGCAUCGGAAAUAUCGAAAAUGAAGGUAAAGAAGUGUUGCAUAAUGCGACAGACAAGAUCCAAGAUGACAUAAAGGAAGUUACUAACAUAAUAUCUACGCUGGUGGGUGACGUUAAGAACCAAACGCAGAAACGAUUGCAGGAGCUUAAAGACAAAGUUGACGAAAUAAGGCACGAGUCCGAGGCUAUGAAAGAUAACAUUAAACAUCAAGUAGAGCAGGUUCAUAAAAAUAUCAGCGACGCUUUGAACAAAUUGGAGAACGAUAUGAACAACACGUUACUGAAUGCGACGAAUAAAGCUUUGGAGAUUAUAAAUAACGUAAAGAAUUUCACGCAAGGAAUGAUAAAAGAAGUUAUGCAGAAUACUGCUCGAGCUGUAAACGAAGCGAAAGAUCAGUUCGAGGAUGCUAAGAAUAAGACAGGCGCUGCUUUGAACCAAACGUUGUCUUCGUUGAGACAGGAUGCAGAGAAAAUUUUGAAUCAAACCAAAGAAACUAUCAGUAAUGUGAUAAACGAACUGAAAAAUCAUUCUUUCAAUGCUCUUGGUAGUCUUAAGAAUAUAACGAAGAAGGCUUUGAACGAUGCCAAAGAGAAAUUUCGUAAGUUCGCGGAGGACUUGAAAGAUUCGAUAGGAAAGAUUGCGGAAGACUCCUCUAAUUUGAUCAAGGACGCGUUGCAUUCUGUUCAGAAUAUCGUCGGAAAUGUUUUUAGUGACAUUAACAGUGGUAUCGAGAAUACGGUAAAUGGUAUCAAGUAUAUCGUUUCCGGUAUAUUCAAUUAAGUAACAGAUACCGUCCAAAAUGGAGUAAAAGACGCUAAGGAUGGUAUAAAAGAUACAAUGGAUAAGUUUAGGCCGCCGAAUAUAGCGCACAAUGUUGCGGACACAGUUCAACAUGCAGGAAAUGCUGCAGAUAAUGUUAUUGGUAAUGUUCUAGAUGACGCGAAAUAA